AUGAUAUCAUCAUCAUCAUCAACAACAACACCGAUAACGCCACAAAAUUUAGAAGGAAAAGCUUUGGAAGAUGCCAUCAAAAAACAAAUUGAAUAUUAUUUAUCUCGUGAGAAUUUAUCAACAGAUUAUUAUCUUACAAGUAGAAUGAAUAAUGAAAUGUUUGUUGCAAUUGAAGUUAUUGCAAAUUUCAAAAUGGUUAAAAAUUUAACAACUGAUAUGAAUUUAAUUGUUGAAGUUAUGUCAAAAAGUUCAAAUGUUAUUAUAGAUGAAACCAAAACAUUAAUUAAACCAUCAUUUAAAUUACAAAGAAAUAUUAUUAUUUUAAGAGAUAUCCCAACAGAGACACCAGUUGAAGAGAUUAGAGGAAUCUUUUCAGAAACUGGUAAAACCAUAUCAUCAGUCAGAUCAGAUAUUGGUAACUAUUGGUUCAUUCAAUUCGAUAAAGAGGAAGAUGCAUUAGAAGCACACGAUCAAAUUAAAAAUUUAACCUUUAAAGAUAAACAAAUUAAAGCUAGAAUUAAAUCUGAAUCUUUAAUGAAAACACCAUCACCAGCACAACAACAACAACAUCAACAACAACAACAUCAACAAGGUAGACCAAACGGUGCUCAAUUCACUCCAUAUCAAUCUUCAGCUGCAUCUGGUGCUGCUUCAUCACAUAGAUCUUCAUAUUAUAAUGGUCAAAAACAAUGGUCAAGAAAUUAUAACAAUAACAAUAACAGUAACAGUAACUAUGAACAACAACAACAAGCCCAACAACAACAACAACAACAACAACAAGCCCAACAACAACAACAACAACAACAACCAGCUACCACCACUGGAAAUGGUGAACGUAAACACUAUCAACGUGGUCCAAAAGAUUCAUCAAGACCACCAAGAAGAGAUUUUAAUAAUACAUAUAACAACAACAACAAUAAUAAUAAUAGUCAUUUUUCAAAUAGCAAUAAUAAUAGUACUACCCCAAAAGAAAAUAUAAAUAAUAAUACAGAGAAUACAGAAAAUAAACCAACUAAUACAAAUACAGAAAAGCGUCAUACACAAAGAAAACCAAAACAUAUUUCACACCAUAAUAAUAAUAAUAGCAAUAAUAAUAGCAAUAAUAAUAAUACAACCACCUCAACUGCUACCACUUCAACCCCAACCACAACUACCGCUUCACCAUCAUCACCAACCACCACUACAACCACUACAACCACCACUGCUACAACUUCAACUACCACCACCAAUACCGAAAGAAAAUCAUCAGUUUCUAAUAAACCAAAAUCACAUCACAAUAAAUCAAAGAAAUCUAAUCAUUCAUCAAACGAUGAACAUAAAGAGAAACACAGCCAAAAGGCAGCAACUGUUGUUGUACCACCAGGUCCACAACAUUUCCCACCUUUAAAUGGAAGUGAACAACAAACAUCUGUUGUUGAAACUAAAAAAAUGGAAUGGGGUCCAGCCGAUAAAAAAAGCGUAUUACCAGUUGAAACCACUGUAGUUUCACCACCAACAACAACAACAACAACUCCAGUUGCACCAACUUCAAAUGUUGCUGCUUCAUCAUCAUCAACUGCUACCGCUACUCCAACUACAACAACCACCACUCAAACCGCAGCUUCAACCAAUGCUCCAUCAAACAAAAAAUCAACCACUCAAUCAUCUCAACCAAAGAAAUCACCAUCAAAAGUUGAAGAUAAAUCGAAAACCGCACCAACUCCAGCUGCCCCAGUCACCACUGCCACCACCACUGAUUCUUCAAACGAAAAGAAGCAACCAACCUAUGCUGAUAUGAUCGCUAUGGCAUCAAAUAACACUUUACCAGUUGCUCCAGUCGUCACUGUUGUCACUGAAACCAAUGCCACUCCAGUCGAACAACAAUAA